AGGUGACUACAUGCUGCACCGCACUCGAGGACUCUUGACAUGCUGUGACAGAUUCCCAAACGAAUUCCCGUCAGAGUAAACCACCAGAGUCAUGCUGUUCGAGCAGUUCACCGCGGAGAGCCUCCUCCAGGCCCUGGGCGAUAUUGGGCCUGCGGGCAUCGUCGGUCUGUGGGUGAUGAUGGUUUUUGCCUACCAUCUGGUAUACCAGCUCUGCUUCUCCCCGUUGCGUCGUAUCCCUGGUCCAACUCUCUCACGGCUUACUGGCGCCCAUUCCAUCAUCAAGAGGAUUGUCGCCCAGGGCGCCAAGUCUGUGCAGGCGGACUACGAGGCCUACGGGGAUAUCUACGUCAACAAGCCCAAUGGGGUCAGCAUCAGCAAUCCCAAGGACAUCAAAACCAUCCUGACGUCGUACGAGUUUCGCAAGACAGACAUUUAUCAGAUGCUCGACAUCAAGGGACGCGCCAGCAUCUUCACGACACGAGACGCCGCGCAAGCCAGCCAGCGGAGGCGCCAGAUUGGGCCCUACCUCAACCAUGGCUAUCUGGGUCGCAUGGAGUCAUUGAUCCUCGAGCACAGUAUCGUCGCCAUACAGAACAAGUGGGAUGCCCUUCUCGAGGCCUCGCAAGGAGGGCUCGUCACCAUCAACUUCCGCAACGACACCCAGUACGCGACCUUUGACACGAUUGGCGCCCUGGCGUUCGGGCGGAGGUUCAACGCGCUGGCAAACGACGAUCCGACUAUCAUCAAGUGGAUCGAGGCCACCGGUUUCUACUUGGGGAUGACAAAGAACCUCCCCUUUCUCAAUUGGUAUCCAUUCUCCAAACUGCUGCGGCGCAAGAAGGCCAUGUUCGACAGCUUUGUGUCCUAUAGCGAGGACUCUGUGCGGCAGCGACGAGAGCAGUUAGACGACGCUGCUGCCGCCGAAGACAAGAAGCCCGUGGACCUUCUACAGGCUUUUAUUGACGCCGAGGACCCUGAAGCCGCCGUGAAGGUCCCCAUGACGCCGCACGAGGUGUCCACGGAGAGCAUCGCCAUGCAGUUGGCCGGCAGCGAGUCCACGUCGUUUGUCACGUCGUGGGUUCUCCAUCUGCUGACGUUGUAUCCGCAAUUCAUGCGGCGGUGCGUCGAGGAGGUGAGAAGUCAAUUUGCCCUUGACUAUCUCGUGGGGUUCGACGACUGUCGUAAACGCUUACCCUUCCUCGAGGCCUGCAUUUACGAGACGCUGCGAUACUCGCCCAUCACAUCGGGCUUCAUUCCCCGUGUCAAUAACACCAAUGGUGUCACUAUUCAGGGGCACUACGUCCCUGCUGGCACAGAGGUGGCUAUCAACCUACACGGCGCCCAUGUGAACAGGGACGUGUGGCGGGACCCUGAUAGCUACGAUCCCACGCGGUUUCUCGACGACGAGCAGGCCAAAAGGAAUGUGUUCGCCUUCUCCUACGGGCAUAGGAACUGCAUCGGGCGGAACCUGGCCUGGAUGGAGAUGAUGGUCAUACUGGCUAACCUUUUGAAAAACUAUGAUAUCCAGCUACCUCCCGACAGUGUCUGCGGUCCGCACAAUGUGGAUGAGAACGGGCGGCCGCGGAUCAUGCCUACGCGCAGCACGCUCUUCACGACGCCUAAGUAUCCAGAGCGCGACUGCCGCAUCGUCGUGCGAAAGAGGGUUCUGUAGAUAGGACUUUAGUAUCUCUGGAAGAAAGGAGCCGUGAACUUGGGUACUAUGCUACAUAAUUGACACAUGAGAGUAUUCCCGCCGUCCAUCUUGACCAACGUUCUCU